AUGUCAUCAACAAAUGUUUUCUACUCAAACAAUUGGCAAGAUAGUCGCCUAUUAUCCAACAAUGAAAUUGAUCAAUUCCUUAAUAAUGAACUUCAAGAAAACUUAGAGAGUUAUUUGGAACUCUUUGAUAUUAAACCUUCAUUUGAUAAAGAAUGCACUCACAGAUUUAAACCAGUUUUUAUAUCACAAGAUUUGCAUUCUACUAUCAAUGUUGUCGUUGCAUUUGGUUUCCUUGCUGGUUCAAAACCUCGGGGAAUUCUAUUUUUCCAUCUCAAAGUUGAAAAUGUUAAUUCUAUAAUUACAAUGCUUGACUUAUUUACUACAAACAACAUAUCAAAUUGUAUUUCGAAAUAUAAUAUCAAAAUAAUUCGACAAGUUCCAUACCGCUUAGAAUCUAUUUUAUAUUUUUCGACUAUAAUAAGUGGAACCCGAGAAUUACCUUACAUUUUUGAUCAUAUCGAUGCAAUUCAACCUGGAGAUAGGUUGUUUUAUAGUUUUAAUGAAUUCAACUUGCAAUACGAUUGUUAUCGAAUAAUUUCUAUUUUAUCGACUGAUUGUUCAAAUCAAGUAACAAUUCGCAAUUUUAGAGGAAUCAAAGAUGAUUGUCCACCUUUUUCAAUGCUUCUCAAAGAAGGUUAUAGUUAUAUUUGCUCAUUCUUCACAAAACUUUCAAAAGAGACUCCUUCAAACGCAGAAUUAGAACAAACUCCUUCCAACAUGAAACAUGUUGAAAUUGAGAAAUACUCUAUAACCCACCAUUCAAGCUCUAAUAGUUCCCCAAAAAGAGAGGACUAUCAAAAUUUAGAUCUCAUUUCUGCAAAUGACUUAAUACCUGUAUUUUAA